ACUACAACAAUACAAAUUAAUCUUUCUCCAUCUUCUAUCCCUCUCUUCAAUCAAUCGUGUUACAUAAUGGGACGCACAGAAAAAGGAGACAAGGUGUUGUUAUGUGGUGUUGGUUUCAUGGUCUGUUGUAUUAUUAAUUAUCUAUUAUGUAAACCACUAGGAACUCCUGUGCCGAAAAUUGAAAUAGCCUCUAUGGAUUUCACUGUGCAUAACAUAACACAAACUCGUCUCAGUGCAAACUGGGAUUUAUUGAUAAGGAUCCCCAAAACCCUUCCUGAUCACUACAUAUGUCUUCAAGGAGACAUUCAAGCUUCAUUGUUUUACAAAAGUAUUACCCUCGCUACCUCUUCGAGACAAAGGUACAAUGAUCUCAAAUCCGGCUCGCCUCAACAACUUAGGGUUUCAGCAGCUAUCUUUGAAGAAGAUAUUGGCGGUUUGAUUGGCAAAAACAUUAUCAAAGAUAUCAAAGACAAGAGGGAAGUGAAGUUUGGAUCGCAAUUGUUUCUUACGGAUUGUAGAGAAAAUACGAAAGGAGUUUUGAGCUAUGUGUGUGAUGAAACCACGUUACGGUUCGAGCCUGGUUCUGAGACAAAGGCGACUGCGUUUGGGAACAACCCUGCAUGCACUAAGGUCCCUAGCAACCUUCCUGAUAACUAUAUAUGUCUUCAAGGAGACAUUCAAGCUUCACUGUUUUACAAGACUAUUAAUCUUGUUACCUCGUCUGCACAAAGGUACAUCGAUCUCAAAUCUGGCACAGCUCAACAACUUAGGGUUUCAGUACAUGCAGAUAUCGGCGGUUUGAUUAGGAAAAAGAUUAUCAAAGAUAUCAACGACAAGAGGGAAGUGAAGUUCGGAUCGCAGUUGUUUCUAACGGAUUGUAGAAAAGGGACCACAGGAGUUAUGAGCUAUGCUUGCGAUGAAACCAUGUUGCGGUUCGAGCCAGCGUACCAAGAAACUCCUGUGCCAAAUAUAGAAAUAGCUUCUAUGGAUUUCACUGUACUUAAUAUUACACAAACUCGUCUCAGUGCAAAUUGGGAUUUAUUGAUUAGGGUCCCCAGUGACCUUCCUAAUGUCUUCAUAUGUCUUCAAGGAGACAUUCAAGCUUCAGUGUUUUACAAAAACAUUAAUCUUGUAACUUCGUCCGGACAAAGGUACAACGAUCUCAAAUCCUGCUCUCCUCAACAACUUAGGGUUUCAGCUUCUAUAUCUGAAGAAGAUAUCGGUGGUUUGAUUGGUAAAAACAUUAUCAAAGACAUCAACGAGAAGAGAGAAGUGAAGUUCGGAUCGCAGUUGUUUCUUACGGAUUGUAGAAAAGGGACAACAGGAGUUUUGAGCUAUGUGUGUGAUGAAACCACUUUGCGGUUCGAGCCAGGUUCUGAGACCAAGGCGACUAAGUACAACGAUCUUAGAUAUGGCUCACCUCAACAACUUAGGGUUUCAGCAGCUAUAUCUGAAAAAGAUAUCGGUGGUUUAAUUGGCGAAAACAUUAUUAAGGAUAUCAAAGAGAAGAGGAAAGUGAAGUUCGGAUCGCAGUUGUUUCUUACGGAUUGUAGAAAAGGGAUGACAGGAGUUUUGAGCUAUGUUUGUGAUGACACCACGUUGCGGUUCGAGCCAGAUUUGGAGACCAAGGCGACUAAGUUUGGAAACAACCCUACCUGCACUAAUAUUUGAUUAGUUAUUCCUGUUAGUUGUGCAAAGAUUCGAUUUACUUUAUUCUUGUU